AUGUCCGACAACACCGGCAGCAGCGGCACGAACCCGCUCAAGCGACCGGCGUCGCCCGCCGAGGUCUCGCAGUACCUCCAGGAGACGCACGACCGCCUCUUCGACAACAACCGCGCCUGGGCCGCCGACAAGGCGCAAAAGGACCCCGGGUACUUUGCCCGCCUCUCGGCCGGCCAGUCGCCCGAGUACCUCUGGAUCGGCUGCUCCGACUCGCGCAUCCCCGCCGAGCAGAUCACGGGCCUCGAGCCCGGCGAGGCCUUCAUCCACCGCAACAUCGCCAACCUCGUCUGCAACACGGACCUCAACGUCAUGAGCGUCAUCAACUACGCCGUCCGCCACCUCGGCGUCAAGCACAUCAUCGUGUGCGGCCACUACGGCUGCGGCGGCGUCAAGGCCGCCAUGACCCCCAAGGACCUCGGCCUGCUCAACCCCUGGCUGCGAAACAUCCGCGACGUCUACCGCCUGCACGAGAAGGAGCUCGACGCUAUCCCCGACGAGGAGGCCCGCUACAACCGCCUCGUCGAGCUCAACGUCGAGGAGCAGUGCCGCAACAUUGUCAAGACGGCCGCCGUCCAGCAGUCGUACGCCAAGAACCAGUACCCCGUCGUCCACGGCUGGGUCUUUGGCUUCCACGACGGCCUGCUCAAGGACCUCAAGAUUGACUUCCAGGCCAUGCUCAAGAAUGUGCAAAAGAUUUACAACCUGACCGACUAA